CUUGUGUGGAGAGCACGCAGAACCGCGGCAGAACAGACGAGGGUUAGAAUCGGCCAGCCCUCGCCGCUCGGGGAGGUGAGGCCAACGGUCCGAGAGGCAGAACCCCGGCAGGGCGAGCCCCGCGCUCGUCUCGAUCCACACGCAGCACGAAGCGGUUCUCCGGCUGAGCCGCAAGACUUGCGCGCCUCCAGCACCGCCCCUUCCUCCUUCUGUCCAGUGCGGAGGACGCAGCCCCGCCGGAAACCGCCGUGCGCCUGCGACCCGCCCACCCCGGAGCCCGGCCCACGGCUCCGCCCCUCUUCCGCUCUAGGCUCCGGUGCCCAUACUGGCUCUCUAGCGUCCGCUACACCGCCUCCAGCUCGGGCAAGCCGGCCCUCGGUUCCGGGCCACCCCGCCCCCACCCCACGCUCUCAGCUCCGCCUCAGCAGGAGUCUCAGUUAUCCCAUAAGACCGCCUGUGCCAAGCUCAACAUGGGUGGGGGACUGAUGGAGAGGUAUGUGGCCGCCAUGGUGCUGAGCGCAGCCGGAGACACCUUAGGCUACUUCAACGGGAAGUGGGAGUUCCUGCGGGAUGGGGAAGAGAUACACCAGCAGCUGGCCCAGAUGGGUGACUUGGAAGCCAUAGACGUGGCACGGUGGAGAGUCAGUGAUGAUACCAUCAUGCACCUAGCUACAGCCGAAGCCCUCAUGGAAGCCGGCCAAUCCCCGGAUCUGCCUCAGCUGUAUUCCCUACUAGCUAAACAUUACCGGGACUGCAUGGGAGACAUGGAUGGCCGGGCACCAGGUGGCGCUUGCAUGCAGAAUGCCAUGCUGCUGGAGCCCAACAAGGCCGAUGGCUGGAGGAUUCCCUUCAACAGUCACGAGGGUGGCUGUGGGGCCGCCAUGCGUGCCAUGUGCAUCGGGCUGAGGUUCCCUCACCCCAGCCAGCUGGAUAUGCUGAUCCAAGUGAGCAUCGAGAGCGGCCGGAUGACCCACCACCACCCCACGGGCUACCUCGGAAGCCUUGCGUCCGCUCUUUUUACGGCAUAUGCAGUGAAUGGCAAAUCACCAUGGCAAUGGGGAAAAGGGCUCAUGGAGGUGCUGCCUGAAGCCAAAAAGUACAUCACCCAGUCAGGCUACUUUGUUAAGGAAAAUCUUCAACAUUGGUCCUACUUUGAGAAAGAAUGGGAAAAGUACCUGGAACUUAGAGGAAUUUUGGAUGGCAAUUCAGCUCCCAUCUUCCCGCAGCCCUUUGGUGUGAAGGAAAGGGAUCAGUUCUACAUCGAUGUGAGCUACUCUGGCUGGGGUGGCAGCAGCGGACACGAUGCCCCCAUGAUUGCCUACGAUGCCCUCCUGGCUGCAGGGGAUUCCUGGAAGGAGCUCGCACACAGAGCCUUUUUCCACGGUGGGGACAGUGAUUCCACGGCAGUCAUUGCUGGCUGCUGGUGGGGAGUUAUGCACGGUUUUAAAGGAGUAAAUCCUUCUAACUAUGAGAAGCUCGAAUACCGACAGCGGCUAGAAGAGGCCGGAAGAGCUUUGUAUUCUCUUGGGUCAAAAGAAGGCACUGUAAUUGAUCCCUAGAGAGAGGGUGGUUUGUUUCUGGCAGUUUCUUCCCCAGUUUCUGGCCCUGACGCCCAUUCUCUUAGCUUUUCAAGAAUCCUAAUUUUGUGUUUGAAGAGUUCUGAGGUAACAAUGUUCCUUGGACAUAUUUAGCCCUUCCUUCCUACACUUACCCCGCUCUCCCCAAGUUCUUCUCUUAUAUGUGAGAAUCUUUUUAUUUUAGUUGAUGGGGUCAGCUUUUCCCAUCAGAAACUUAUAACCUUGUAUUCAAGUCUCCGUUUUUAUUAUGGAAUUGUUUUAAGUGUUCGGUCUGGCUUUUCUUUAAUUGGGUCUCCCACCUGUCCCAAGUAGGCUAAGACAAAGAUUUAUUGGGGGGGGGGGUAAUUCCAGGAAGCGUUGGUAGGAGACUAGGGAAGUGAGACGGGAAGGGAGGGGAUGCCACACAGGUUGUGUGAAGAGCAGGAUUCUUCAUGACCAUCAGGGUGUAGUCUGUCUGUGUCCCCUGUCCAAGGCAAUCUUCAGAGCUGUCCUGGUAAGAGGCCAUGCCAGUUUUGAGUGUGUAUCCAAUGACUUUUACCUGAUUAGUUAAGUCCCAUACCCAGGGAUGCUAUUAAGUCCCUGGUGUUGUGGAUUUGUUGUAUUACGUUAAUUGGGUUCCCAAAAUUACACGGAAUUUGCAAGUCUGCAUGCAAGA